AUGACAGUUCUCCGCGAACAUCAGUACAAAUGUCUGCUGGAGCAGGAAAAACGAUCGGAACAAUGUACCGUACAUCGAAACGACACGAUACGCGAAGUCGUGGGGGCGCUCCAAAAUCAAUCCAGUAGGGUAUCAACCAACUCGAAUGAGUACUACUCGCUGAUCAAACAAACCCUUUCUCAUUAUGAAUGCAAAACACUCCGAGCCAAAUUGGAGUGUCUCUACGCGAUACUCCAUAUCACCUGCCCGUCGAACGCCGUACGAUUAAUCAUGAACUAUUUCAAAGAAAGUUUGCCAGAUGGGUGUACAUUCAACUACGAAGAUCGACUGCUUCGGUAUCUUGAAUCGCGCAAAGUUGCUCCACAUCCGAUCCAACAAGACUACGGAGAACGUGGAACUAUGGCUGCCCGAUCACCAGAAUUCGCCGGAAAGAUUGCCCCAAAAGCCACCCUGGAGAAAGUACAAGGUGGCGUGUCAUCUAUCACAUUCAAAAUCCACUUAGUUUUAUAUUGUUGUGUCGUGACAUUAUCUCUAAUUGUAUGACGGGAAAUGUCUGUCUCUGUUUACUUCUAGGAACAGAAUUUCUUCAUGCUUUCAAAUACCUCAACGAAAGGAGUUGCCGAACGAAACGAUUUUUUCGUGAAGUGACUAUAUUCUUGUUUUUGCAAAUGUUUGCAAACAGUUGGUCACCCGGUAUGCUAAAGAUUCCAGGUUCACCUUGCCCACAUCUUCCACUGUACACAUUUCACCAAAUUUGUUACACAAUGUUCG